GUGCGCAAGUAUGGAGGGGCGCGCGAACUCCCGGGGCGAGCCCCGCGCUUGGCCCGCCGGGUCCGUGCUGUGCCGCGGCUGCGUGGAGCCAAUCAUCUUCCUUGCCAACUUCGCCUUGGUCCUGCAGGGCCCGAUCACCACGCAGUACCUGUGGCACCGCUUCAGUGCCGACCUUGGCUACAACGGCACUCGUGACAGGGGCAGCUGCAGCAACCAUAGCGUGGACCCCACCGCGCAGGAAGUGGAGACGCUUACCUCCCACUGGACCCUCUACAUGAACAUGGGCGGCUUCCUGGUGGGACUCUUCUCGUCCACCCUGCUGGGCGCCUGGAGUGACUGUGUGGGCCGCCGCCCGCUGCUGGUGCUGGCCUCCCUCGGCCUGCUGCUUCAGACCGUGCUGUCCAUCUUUGUGGUACAGCUGCAGCUCCACGUUGGCUACUUCGUGCUGGGCCGCAUCCUUUGUGCCCUCCUCGGCGAUUUCAGUGGCCUCCUGGCUGCUGGCUUUGCCUCCGUGGCAGAUGUCAGCUCCAGCCGCACCCGUACCAUCCGAAUGGCCCUGCUGGAAGCGUGCAUCGGGGUGGCGGGGAUGCUGGCGAGUCUCAUUGGUGGCAACUGGCUCCAGGAGCAGGGUUAUGCCAACCCCUUCUGGCUGGCCUUGGCCUUGCUGAUUGCCAUGACUCUCUAUGCAGCAUUCUGCUUUGGUGAGACAGUGAAAGAGCCGACACCUGCCCGGCUCUUCACACUCCGUCACCACCGAUCCAUCGUCCAGCUCUACGUGACCCAGGCCCCGGAGAAGUCCAGGAAGCACUUAGCCCUGUACUCGUUGGCCAUCUUCGUGGUGAUCACUGUGCACCUUGGGGCCCAGGACAUCCUGACCCUCUAUGAGCUGAGCACACCCCUCUGCUGGGACUCUAGGCUGAUUGGCUACGGUUCUGCGGCUCAGCAACUCCCAUACCUCACCAGCCUGCUGGGCCUGAGGCUUCUGCAGUACUGCCUGGCCGAUGCCUGGGUGGCUGAGAUCGGUCUGGCCUUCAACAUCAUGGGGAUGGUGGUCUUUGCAUUUGCUACCAUUACACCCCUCAUGUUCACAGGGUACGGGCUCCUCUUCCUGUCGUUGGUCGUCACGCCUGUCAUCCGGGCCAAGCUCUCCAGGCUGGUGAGAAAGUCAGAGCAGGGCGCUCUCUUUUCUGCUGUGGCCUGUGUGAAUGGCUUGGCCAUGCUGACAGCCUCCGGCAUCUUCAACUCGCUCUACCCAGCCACGCUGAACUUCAUGAAGGGCUUCCCUUUCCUCCUGGGAGCUGGCCUCCUCUUCAUCCCGGCCGUCCUGAUUGGGAUACUGGAAAGGGCUAAUCAUUGCCCUGAAUUCCAGCAGUUUUCCCAGAGCCCCUGAUCUGCCUGGACCAGAGGACAUGGGGCGAGAGGAGCAACGGGGGCGCUAACCAACCGGAAGUAUAUGCCUCUGGAUCCCAGUCCUCAGCGGCAGCGGCAGCUCCCCGCAAAGGGCAGUGUUCACCUUGGACCAGGUGGUCAGGCUAGACCAAGGCCCCCACCUCAUCCACGCCGUGCCUGCCUGUGAUUCUAGGAUCUGGAAUUGUAACCCAGACAGUCCCACUCAGGGCAGGCGGUGUGGGAGCCAUUCGGAACAGGGAUCUGUUUACCCUUUAGUCCCUCAAUCACAUAGAACCCUCCAGGGGAGAGGAGAGGUCCUGAUGGAGGGACCGGUUGAAGCAUGAGGGCUGUUAGCACCUCUGCUUCCCACCCAAACUGUGCAGUUCACAGCGCUCAGUUCACGGCCACGCAGCUACCAGUCACUCCUCAGUGAUGAAUAUGGUACCACUGGUCAGUGCCAGCUCUGGGGGGAGGGAGGGUUAUGGGAGGGACUUGGUGCCACCUGGAGGGAGAGUGCUGCUCUCUCUGCGUGGGAAUCAAUCCCCUGGGCUUAGCAGUGCCAAUCAUAAUAAGAAGUCAGUAUAAUCACCCUGGAAUGAACCUUCCGGCCCCCAAGGCAUUGGGCUGUGGGGCCUUCUGCUUUCCUGUUCCUAGUUUGCCCACCGUAGGUCAGACAGCAGUGGCUGCUGGAAGGGACAGGGGCCCCUGAGUUGCCAUGGGAUUGGUACUGGGCGUGGCCAGCUCAGGCCUCAUCUGACUGCCCAUUCUCUCCUCCGGAGCUGCUGGGAGGCGAAGGGCUGCCACGCUUGCAUCAGGUCAGCAGAGAAGCUCCAGGCAGAGCCCUGGCCACUCAUUCUUCAGGGUCAGAGAUCUACUCCCUGAAGACUCCUUGCCCUGGUCUUCCCGGCUACACCAAACCAAGCAGAAUCAGUUUUUGUUACCACUCAGCCCUCUAACACCUCCCACUGCUGGGCAUUUCAGCAGGGCCAUGUGCCGACACCAUCCCUCGAGCAUCUGUAGCUCAACAGGAACCUGGAGAUGGGCCCGACUCCCCAGAGAAUGAGGGGCCCAUUUCUAGGGCGUUAGGAAAGCCUGGACCUGAAGUUGAAAGGCAGAAUGGGAUUUGGCAUUAAGGCACUGGCUUUGAUGAGGGCCAUAAGCCCCCAAACAAAUCAGAUGACACUGACUCUUCAAAACAGAAUUGGCCACAGGGCAUGGCCCCCUGCUGGUAUUUCUACCCUCACUCUCUCUCACCUGCCCUGCUAGCCAGUUUUCUGGCUAGAAAUCACGCAGGUAAAAUGGGGGUGGCCCAGGGCAGACUAGGGUCAGCUGUGGCCCUCUGUAGCCUGGGCCUGUUUCCAGAGUCCCAUCUCACUGUCCCGUGUCAUUGGGAGAUCAAGCAAGGAGAGCCCCCCUCCGCUGACUGUCCCAGCAGUGAGGAUGGUGGGGAAGAGGCUCUGGGCUGGCCUCAGGCCCAGGCUCUACUCCGGGCAUUGCCUCUGGUUCGUGUGUGGCCUUGAGCAAGGCCCUCUAUGAAGGGUUAGAUCAGCAAUGCCUCUAAUUGUCUGAUCAUGGUUGGACAAGUUAGGAAACACUAGAUUAAAUACUGUUUUAAGAUACUUCCUAUCUCAUACAUUCUAGAAUGGAAUGCCUCUAUUCAUGGACCUAGGGGAAGGAUAAAUGAGUUGGAGCUGGACUUUUGACUUUUGAGUGUUUCUUGGUCAUGAGCAAUUCUUGGUCUUGGAGAGGGGUGGCGUGAGGCUGACUCAGCCCCGACCUGGGAGCAGUAGCUACAGCCCAGCCAAGCAGAAAACCCUGACCCCGCAGACCAGGCUGCAAUGUCAGAGCAGGCUGGGGGGAUGGGUGGU